ACAUAUGAGAGAUCCAGGAUUUUACACCAAGGGUGUAGGUUUGUGUGUCUGAGGCUGAGGAGAUUAAGGAUUCACUAUGUAACAUUUUCAACUAAGACACUGACCUAUUUAUCAUAAAAGGUAGCAGUUCUCCAGGGCAAUGGAUGCGUCUCUACAAAUCAUCUUGGCCGUUGUAGCCGGUUAUGUGCUUUGGAUUGUCAUUCCUGCCCUGUGGCGGUACCGCGCCCUCUGUCUGAGGAUGAGGAAGUACGGAAGUCCAGGCGCCAUACAUCCAAUUUGGGGUCACGUCAAAUACUUCAACGACAACGAUUCUAUAACUGAUGUAUACAACCAAAUAGCCAAGACCAGUCAAUCAAAGAUGGCCGGAUUGUGGAUGACAUUUGUGCCAUUGGUACAAGCAGUUCACCCAGACACAGCGAAAAUAAUUCUCCAGUCAUCCAACCCGAAACCAACUGUAACCUGUACAGGUCACAGUAGGUGGAUUCAUUUUCCAGGGGAAGGACUUGUCACCAGUAAUGGACAGAAAUGGCAACGGAACAGGAAGUUGCUCACUCCAGCUUUCCAUUUCGAUAUACUUCGUAAUUAUGUCAAAGUUUAUAAUGAAGUGGCCGAUAUUCUGUUGAGUAAAUAUGCAGAGAAAAUGUCAAGUGGAGUGAAGAGUGUCGAGGUCACGAAAGAUUUAUCGCUGGCAACACUGGACAUUAUACUUCGAUGUUCCCUCUCACACGUAGAAAAUGUUCAGGAACAAGAGAACCAUCCAUAUUCAUGUGCCGUCCGCCGCAUUGCCGACCUGACCAUAAAGAGAUUUUUUGUUCCUUGGCACAUGAUGUCCUGGACGCUUUACAUGAUGUCGGCAGAUGGGAAAGAAUACAAGAAAUGUGUAGACUUCGUCCACAAAUUUGCUGAGGACAUCAUAGCCAUGAGAAGGAAGGCGUUGGCUGAUGAUUCUUCUGUGCUGACUACCAAAAAGAAGUUGGAUUUCUUAGAUAUAUUAAUGACAGCAAAGGACGAAUCAGGAGUCAGAUUAACUGACGAGGAAAUCCGGGACGAGGUGGAUACAUUUCUGUUAGCCGGUAAUUUUUAUGUUGCUAUUUUGUUGUAUUUGUUAUCUGUAAUAAAAUACAAAACCCUAAUAGUAAAUCUGAUUUGUUUGUGUAGGGAAGACCUGGGCAAACUACAGAAGACUACCCUGUUCCUGAAAGAGAACUUGAGACUGUAUUCUCCAGUAGCAACUACGACACGACAACUCACUAAACCCAUGGAAUUAGAGGGACAGACCUUUCCUGUCGGGUCGGUUGUCGGGGUCAACUUUGCUGUACUUCAUCGUAACCCGGAUGUGUAUGAGAACCCAACUGAAUUUCGACCAGAGCGUUUCCUCCCUGAAAAUGUGGCCAAGAGGAGUCCAUAUGCUUUUACGGCGUUCGCUGCUGGUCCAAGAAAUUGCAUUGGACAAAACUUCUCAAUGAAUGAACAGAAAGUUAUUAUCAGUAGAAUCCUGAAAAGGUUCCGAGUUUUACUUGACGAAGACCAUGAGGUGUUAGAUAUAGCUAGGUUGGUAAUAGAACCAAAACAUGGCAUGAAGAUCCGAUUCGAGGAGAGACAAUGAGCCUGUGUAUCACCUACAGAGCAGCCUUACUUACAUCUGUAGCGACGCGUGGGUCGCUUCGUGUCGUUUUUCCGGAAUUUAGUACAACCCUGUCCGAGGAAGCGAGGAACUCUGGGAGAAAAAGUGACGUCACAGCCUCUUCCUUUGGAGGCCAAGAUACGAUAGGUCGGUAUUGAAAUUCGGGCAGGGUAAUCUGUUAGAUUUUUGUGUUGUCAGCGCCCAUCUCUUCCCUAAAAUGUUAUAAAAUGGUUUACUAAACAUCAGUUGCCACCUACAACCCGAUAGGUUUGAUUUCCGACCGUGUAUUUUGGUAUAUUUUUCGAUUUAUGCGGACUUAAGUUUUGGCUGGAACCUCGUGUCGUGAUUGAGGGGAAAGUUCGCUAGCUGUUGAAAUUUUGUUAAAUAGUGGAUAAUUCGAGAAUUGGUAUUCUCGGGGAGUAGUUUUCUCUCGUUCGGUGAGGCUAAUUUUGUGUGCCCCCCUCGCCAAGACGAACGUAGGAGAAGGCGGUAGUGUUGAGUUGGACUUUGUAAAUUUGGAGUCGGUCACGUGGCGGAGAUUUGUCCGUUCGGCGAGGUUUGAGACUCGCUCCGAGGAACGGUGUCAGAUUCCGUGGGCCGAGAGUUAAUUUAGCUAGAGAAUUUCGACAACCACGACAUUGGUUCCUGCCUGGUAGUUAGUUUAGGUAAAAGUUUGUUUAUUUCAGGUGGCUUCUGUACAUUGUUAGGGUUAAUUAAAAACACUCACUGAGCCGGUUAAAUGUCUUUCAUGCUAAACUUUACUCUUGUAAAAUAUAUAAUAAAUUGUUGAAUCUGUUUAA